CAGGCAGAGCAGGACUUCACUAAAGACAGAACACAGCCUUUGAGGACACUGGGCUAUAGGAGACUCCAAUUCUACUGGCUAGAGCUUCUCAGAAAGCUAAAUCAAACUUCACUUUCUUGGGAUCUCAAGAAUUGUGAAGAACUUUGACGAAGACAGACUUUUUUUCAAACACAGAAGAACAAGAAAAUUCUGUCUUGGCUGUGGAGGCUGAGAACUUUUUUCCAUACAGCAUGACAAAAGUAAAUUUGAGUUUAGUGAUUUUUGGGUUCAUGCUGCCUCUGUUGGCAGAGACCUGGGCACAGAACCCCAGAAAGAGGCUAGCUCCACCAAAACAAACCAAGGGUCAGUGUUGCGAUGAGGUGCGUUCUCUGAAGGUGCAAGUGGCCAAUCUGACCAGUCUCCUAGAGGAGCUGAGUCACAAACAGGAGACAGACCUGAUCAGUGUAGUGAGGCAAAUGAUGGCACUGGAUAAGCAAAACAGGCAGCAGGAGGCUCGUGUCACUGAGGCAGAAAGCAAGUACUCAGAGAUUAAUAACCGCAUGGAGAUCAUGCAGCUUCAAGGUGCUCAAUCCGUCACUCAGAGCUCAUCAGAUGCCAUCUAUGACUGUGCAUCACUGUACACCAGGAAUUACAAGAUCUCUGGAGAAUACAAGCUACCAAAAGAUGAGUUCCUUGGAACCCCUGAGCAUAAUGUGUUCUGUGAUAUGGAGACCAAUGGUGGUGGUUGGACUGUGAUACAGAGGCGAAAAGUGGGCUUGACAUCAUUUAGCCGUGACUGGAAGCAGUAUAAGAGUGGCUUUGGAACAAUACGCGGUGACUUCUGGUUGGGCAACGAUCACAUCUUCCGCUUAACACGGCAGCCCAGCAUGUUGAGGAUAGAGCUCGAGGACUGGGAGGGAGAGACCCGCUUUGCUGAGUACGGAUAUUUCACCAUGAAAAAUGAGCUGAAUAGCUACAAGCUUCUUAUUGCCAACUACAGUGGAAAUGCUGGAGAUUCCCUGCGCUACCACAACAACACCAACUUCAGCACCAACAAUAAGGAUAAUGACAAGUGUGUGGACGACUGUGCUUCAUUACGUAAAGGUGGAUACUGGUACAACUGCUGCACUGACUCCAACCUAAACGGUGUAUUCUACCGCUAUGGCAAGCACACCAAGAAUACAGAUGGAAUCACCUGGUAUGGUUGGCAUGGGCCUAACUACUCCCUGAAGAGAGUAGAGAUGAAGAUCCGACCACUUACUUUUACUCCAUAGGCACUUCAGUCAUAGGCUCUGGGUUCAGGUGAUCAUGCUAAUUCUGAUAAUGAUUUCUGGGAAAUGUCAUAUAUACUGAUGUCACAAAGUUAUAGCUUUCCCUUAAAUUGGAGGCAGUAAGCUCUCAUUACUUUCUGGAAAAGGUUCAGUGGGUUUAACAGGUAAUGUGUUUAACCAGGAUUGGAAUUCACUUUUAAUUGCUAUUAAAAUAUUAAUUUUCUUUAAA